GGCCGCCCCGCCCGCCUGUGACGGCGCUGUCAUGCAGCGGCCGCUUCAGCUACGCGCUCCGUGCCGACUGUCGGGGGCUGCGGCGCGCCGCGGCCAGCAGUGAGUGCGAGAGGCGCGCCGUGUCGUGUUCCCGCCAGUGGAGGACGUUUGCGGCGAGUCGGCGGCGAGCGUGCGCGGCCGGCCGGUGAGUGCUGCGGCCUACAGAGCCGGGCGAGAUCGCGGCCCGGAGCGACGCCACGCCCGUCCGCCCGGCGUCCGCGCGCCUCCAGACGUCUCUCCGCUCGGGCCUCGCGUGACGACACGGCCAGCGCGAGCCGACCUGUCGCCGGCUGACGAUGCGACGUCUGGACCUGACUGGCCGACGCGGCGCCGACUCGGAGCUCGUCGGCAGCGGGCUCGGCACAAGCGGCCGCAUCUCGUUCCGCGGCGAGGCCGCCGCGGACCGCGACGAGAGCGGUGCGCUCGUUACGUCGGCGAUCAACCGCUCGCUGCUGGCGAGCGCGGCGCGGCAGCCAGCGCUCGCCGGCAUCCUGAUGACGGAGAGCCGCCCGCGCGGCCGCCGCCGCGCCCUCGCCAUCGUCUUCCGCGACGAGCCCGAGAUCAUCGGCGUCGGCGGCGAGCCGGCGUCGUCCGACGACGAGCCGGCUGACGACGAUGGCGACGGCGAUGAGCGCGCCGAGCCGUCGGAGGUGCUCAGCCCCGAGGAGCGGGCGUUCCUCAACCUCACCAAACGCAACACCGACUUCAACUCGAUCAACAGCAACUUGACGGGCGCGUCUCGCACGCUCGUCGACUGGGUCGACGAAAAUGACGUGACGACUGAGCGCAGCGCGUUGACGGGCCGCCACAAGAAGUUCACGCCGGUUGUGUGCGUCGCGCCGUUCUCGACGGGGCGCGGUCCCGGCCCGCUCAAGGUGAACCCCGUGGCGCCGAUGCAGAACGGCGAGAUCGUGUCGAGCGAGCGGCUGCGCCAGGAGAUGGUGGAGAAGAAGGCGACGAAGGGCACUGAGCGCGUCACAAGGCUGGACGAGAGAGUCACCAAGCUUGACGAGAAGGUCACCCGGCUAGAUGACUCGCCGAAAUCGUCGGGCGACGAAGGGACGGGCGAGGCCGGCCGUUCCGGCAGCGACACCCCACCACCGGCGCAGGUCAAGCAGGACUCGGCGCCGAAGCCGGUCACCGCGAGGCCGUCGUGCGACGCAAGCGGCCUGCAGAGCGCGGUUCUGGAGAGCCGAGCGAUGCUGCGCGCCAAGCCUGACGGCUCACUGACCACAGGACACGAUCCGAAGCCCGGAGGCGGGCGUGCAGACGGUAAUCGCGACGGUGCGGCACCCGCAGAAGGCGGUGACGUCACCCGCAUGGGACCUUCGUCCGAGCCCGUCAGCAAUAUCGACGCCAUCAAAAAGAGGCUUGCCGAGAAGGCGAGCGCACAGAAAGAUGCAGCUUGGCGCACUCACGGAAAACUGGAGCGAAAUCAAGCAAAGCUCAAUUCCCUAGAUGGCAUUUCUCCUAGUACCAAGCGCAAAUCGUCCAGCGAAAUGGCUGGCUCUGUACCUGGCGUAGGUAAGUCGGCAGCAGAUCGUGCCAAAUCGCCCCCACGCGCUUCCGUGCCUCCCACAGCUGCGGAGUCGCAGGCAGCCGCGAGUGACGUCAGCAGCCAGAAGCCCGAUUCUGCAGGUGGCGUCGGCAAAAAUGGCGAAAACGCUAUCGCCGACACGAAGCAGAAACAUGUGUACGGCAGGGAACGGUCGAAGCGCGCGGCAGCCGUCGGGCAGAACGAGGCGACAGCAGAGCACGCGGACACGGACGCCAGAGGCGCAGCGAAACCGGCUGCCGGCGCCCAUAAGCCGCCCAUUCCCGGUGAAAAGCCACGGCUGGCUGCAAAGUCGGGAAAAGUUAGAGGGUUAAGUCAUCAGACAGGUGGGGACAAUGGCGACCGGCGAGCAAGCCUGCAAACUGACGACAUGAACCUGGCGAAAGUGGAUACACGGCAUCGCUCGAAAAAUGGUUCCGGGGAGGACGGUGACGACAUCACAGUGCGCGGUCGCUCCGAACAGGAAAUCGAGCGGGAGAGAUCACCCGUCAGAUUGACCAAGAGCCUCGAUUACGAGAAGGUGGCACGCGACGAGCAGACCGAAGGCGAUCUGCAGAAGGUCAACUCCUAUUCACCCAAAUCCUCGCUGCACAGGGAUGCCGAGACGAAGACGCAACGUGCCAUGAAGCGUGAGAAGGAGCUGGAACGGCAGCGAGAAAAGCUGGAGAAACGAAAUCGAGAGGAGAAAAAGGUUCUCGAGCGAGCCGAGCCUGCCAGCGUGGGGCGAGCGGACGGGCAUCGCGCUCUGGCGUCUCAGGGGACGGGAACUGGACAGGAUAGCGGGUCAAUAGGACCUGCCGGCCGGGGAACAUGUGACGCACCGAAGCCCCCGGACAGUCCACCCUCCCCUCGGCGAUCAAGCGCGCUUCACAGCCACGCCAGAGCGGAAAACCGGCAGCGACUCCCGCGCCAGUCGGACGUUCCCAGCCCAUCCCCUCCGGAAGUGGCGCCACCAGCGCCGGGCCCGCCGCCGCUCGCGGAGCGGGCGCGGCCCGCCGCCAGCCUCGAGCCCUCGCCCGAACAGCGCUUAUCCACCAGCACGGACGAGGAUGAGGAGGAGGCACCGCCGGCACCGCCGUUGCGCACGCUCUCCGUCAGUCCACGCUCGCGGCGGCGCGGCGGCCCGGCCGUGAGCUUCGCGCCGGGCGCAGCUGAGUGGCGCCGGCCGGGCGCCGCCAAGCCGCGCUCGCAGUCCGUGCCGCGGCCCGGCCUGCUCGACGAGCGGCUGAUGCGCGACGACGAGGUGCGGCGCCGGCUCGGCGGCGACGACGACCGGCGCUCGCGGCGCGACGAGCCGCGGCCGCGCGGCCGCUUCUCGCUCAAGAAGCUGCUCAAGUUCGGCCGCGACGAGAAGCGGCGCGAUCGGGACCAGGUGUACGGCGAGUUCCGCGCCAAGCCAGAGAUCAUCCACCCAAUCGACCGCGCUGGCGUCGGCUGUGUGGAGGUGAUCGGCCGCUCCGUCGAGCAGCGGCGCCGCGACGACGCCGAGCUGCGUCACCGCCGCGACCGGCUCGUGCAGGACGGCACCGUCGGCUACGACGCGACGCCGGCCAGGGGCUCACACCAGCCGAUCCCCCGGCCGCCGGAGAGGGCGACCCCCGCCUCGCACCCGGGUCAGGCGGCGUCGCCGGGUCAGCGGCGGGCCUCCGGGCUCACCCCUGAAGGCCGGCCCAAGCCGCCGCCGCCGCCGCCGCCGCCGGCGGCGUCUCGGCAGGGGGGCGAGCCCCGGCCGCCGCCGACGCCGCCCAGCCGGCCGCCGCCGCCCAACCCGCAGCUGCUCAGCCGGUCCCGGGACGCUCGGUCUCGGCCGGUCGGGCCGCCCGAGACCGACUACGCCAACCUGGCCGGCGGCCGAGCCGGCGGCAGCAGGGGACGACAGGUGGCGCCAGCACCCGUCGCGGGUCAGCCUGCGCAAGCCGGCUUCCGUCGUGCCGGCCAGCUUGGAGGAGAACUAUGACGCCGUCGCGGUCAGCAACCUGGACGCGCUGCGGGAGGUGGUGGACCAGAUGGCGCGGUACGGCGCCGUGCCGGACGCGCUCCGGCCGCUGCAGACGGCGCCGCUCGUGCUGCGCGAUUUUCAGGUGUCGGACGAGCGUCGGCUGUCGGUGG